AUGGAUUCCAAGAAAGGGCAACGAAUUCGUUUACAUGGUGGGUCAAAUAUUGCUGAUAAAUUAAUGAAAGCAAUGGAAGACACAAUUGUUAAGGAGGAGUUCGCUUUUGGUGAUGUAUCAGUAAUUGUUACUCGUGAUCAUAUCCUUUCAUCACAAUGCCAUCAUCCGGAACUAACAAAUAACUACUGGCCACAGUGUCAGGUUUGUGAAUACACUCAUAUGCUAAAAUUGCCGCAUUUGCCGGAUAUGAUAUUUCCGAAUAAUUCAGUGGUUAUUACAUAUCCGGAUGAGCCAGAAUUGCGAAUCAGUUUCAAUACUUUUGAUGCUUUGAAAUCGGUUGACGUUACUUCAUAUCCUAACGUGGAGAUUGGGCCAAGCGAAGAAUGGCAGCGGUCGAGAAGUGAUGUGAAAUGUUUACGACGAAAUAGUCGACCGUUUGAUUGGACUUACACAAGUAAUUACAAAGGGACUGUCGAGGGUUAUACGGUGGUACCAACUAACGAAACAAUUUCAAUGGAAAAAUUGAAACGUCGAGAUCCGAUUAGUUUUUAUUCACAGCUGACACUCUACGAAGAUGAAUUAGCUGAUCAUGGAUCAUCCCAGAUGAGCAUACGUUUGCGGGCCAUGCCAACCUGUCUCUUUCUUCUCUGUCGUUUCUAUCUUCGAAUCGAUGGUGUUUUGGUCCGCAUUUGUGACACGAGACUUUAUAAGGAUCUUGAUUCAAACACAUUUUUGAGACAAUGGACACAUCGUGAACUGAAAUUGGCCAAUUCAUCACUACUGAUACGAAACAAUGUAUUGGAUCCAGAUUUUAUUUAUGACUACUUACCAAUUGUGGAAGAAGAAAUGACAAAACUAAUCCCACUAUGA